CCGGAAGCGGAAGCGGUGCUGAGCGAACAAACCAAAAUGGCGAGCCAAGAGGAGUCGGUGCGGGAGUUCGUGGCUGUUACUGAUGUCGACGAGGAGAGGGCCCGCUUCUUCUUGGAGUCUGCUGGUUGGAAUUUGCAGCUGGCACUUGGCAGUUUCUUUGAGGACGGAACUGACGACGACAUUGUGGCACUUCCCCCACCCGAAGGAGGCACCUCAAUGUCCAGAUCCACGGUCCCGAGCUCUCAGCACCGAGUGACGUCAUUCAGAGACUUAAUACACGAAGCAGAAGAAGAGAGUGAUGAGGAGGAAGGUCAAAGGUUCUUUGCAGGUGGAUCAGAACGCAGUGGGCAGCAAAUUGUCGGGCCUCCUAAAAAGAAGAGUCCCAAUGAAGUGGUGGAAGAUUUGUUCAAAGGCGCCAAAGAGCACGGUGCUGUGCCCCUGGAGCGCAGUGGGAAGGGGGCAGGAGAAUCCAGCAGAGCAAAAGCCUUUGGUGGAGGUGGAUACAGGCUCGGAGCAGCUCCUGAAGAGGAGUCAGCAUAUGUUUCUGCUGGGAGACGUGAUCAAAACGCCAUACAGGAUGUACACGUAGUGCUGAAACUGUGGAAGUCAGGUUUCAGUCUGGAUGACGGCGAACUCCGGAACUACAACGAUCCUGCCAACGCUCACUUCCUUGAGGCGAUCCGCAGAGGGGAGAUUCCCUUAGAGCUAAGGCAGCGUUCACGUGGGGGCCAGGUCAACCUGGACAUGGAGGACCACAGAGAUGAAGACUUCACCAAACCCAAAAUGGCCUUCAGAGCCUUUGGAGGAGAGGGACAAAAAUUAGGAAGUGCCGCCCCAGAGUUGGUUUCUGGUCCCGCCCACUCUCAGCAGGACCAAGCAGCGAACGAAGCCCAGGCCAGUGCCUCCGUGAGCCUAGACACCUCCCAGCCCGUCACCAACAUACAGAUCCGACUGGCGGAUGGCGGCAGGCUGGUACAAAAAUUCAACCAUACCCACAGGGUGUCUGAUCUACGGCAGUUUGUGGUGGCGGCCCGGCCCACCAUGGCGGCCAGAGCGUUUGUCCUGAUGACCACCUUCCCCAACAAGGAGCUGUCGGACGAGAGCCAGACACUUCAGCAGGCCAACCUCCUCAACGCUGUCAUUGUGCAGCGGUUACAAUGAAGCUGGAGGUAAAGACCACCGCCCAAGCCUGAGCGGCCACCUUUCCCCCCUUGAAACCUGCUGCCCCUCCUUCCCUGAGGAGGAGACACAGACUUCUGUUUGGACCUCUAUUUUCUCAUUUUUAUUUUCUAAAAAGGAUUCUCCCUAGCAUCCAUCUCUUGUCUACGCUGACUGCAGAAGAAGAGAUGUUGCCGGUUUUCUAACCUUGCAUCAUCUACAGUAUGGUGCCCAUCAGUAAAGUAGCACAAUCUCAUUUGGUUCUCAAGUCUGCAUAGGGCCGACAUUCUGGUUCCCGUUGUUUAUGUGGAACAAACCAACGAACCACAACAAAGUCUCUUUUGGUUCAAAUUAGUUUCUUAUUUUCUCUUUUUGAUCAACAGUGUAUGAUGAUUAUCACAGCAAGACUGCAGGAUUUUGUUUUUGUGUGGCAUCGCAGAUAGUUAUUGUUUUAUUAUUAAUACAAACUGGUUAUAGAGUGAAAAGAGUUCACAAUGUAGAUUGUAAACGCUGGCUCGUAGCUGUGGAAGGUGGACAUCUUCUAUGCAUCCUGGGGCAACAUGGGAAUACAUUUGGACCUCUGAGAAAAUAAAUUCAUACGAUCAACGUGUAAAGAGCUCUUGUUUUCCAUAAAGUAGGGAAAUACCCACUGCUACUCGGAAAUUGUCAGUGUGAUUAUAACAAUAAAUGCCAUACUGU